AUGAAGAGCGGGGAGGGGGGAUCGGUGACGCUGGAACCGGCUCGAGCCGCCCGGGAAUGGGGGGAGAAGGAGGGAAUGAAGGAGGGGGGGGGGGGCGCGGGGUUCCCGGUGCAGAACGUCCGGCCCGUGCAGAGCCCCAUGAACCAGGUGGGCAUCGUGCUCAACGUCCAGCAGGGCCAGACCGUCCGGCCCAUCACCCUCGUGCCAGCCCCAGGUACCCAGUUUGUUAAACCAGCAGUUGGCGUUCCCCAGGUGUUCUCGCCGGUGGCGCAGGUGCGGCCGGGCAGCGCCGGGCCCGGCCGGCCGGCCACCAACGCCUUCGCCACGGUCAUCCCGGCCACGCUGACCCUGCGCAGCACCGUGCCCCAGGCCCAGGCUCCCCAGCAGAUGAGCAUCGCCAGCUUCGUGACGGUGAAGCGCCCGGGCGUGCCCGGCGAUGGCGGCGGCAGUGCCGGUGGCCCCGAGGUGGCCAAGCUGGUGAACACGAUGGGCACGGUGCCCUCGCUGGCCCACGGCCCCGCCGCGCUGGCCGUGGCCAACAGCAGCCCCGGCGCUGGCCAGCGCGGCACCGCCAGCGAGGCCUCGGCCUCGGCCGCGCCCCGGAAAGGCAGCUCCUCUCCCAUUCCCAGCCUGGAUUUCCAGGACGGGGGCCGCAAGGUCUGUCCCAAGUGCGACUCGCAGUUCCGCGUCACCGAGGCGCUGCGGGGCCACAUGUGUUACUGCUGCCCGGAGCUGGUGGAAUUCCUGAAGAAACGCAAAUCCCUGGACUCCGAGCCCGCCCCGCCCUCGGCCAAGGCCCCCUCCCCCGCCCAGGGCGCGGCCCCGGCCCCGCCCCCGACCCCGCCCAAGGCCGCACCUGAGCCAGGUGAGGGCGGGGCUGACCCCGCCCAGGCCAAGCUGAUCAUGCUGGUGGAUGAGUUCUACUACGGGCGGGACGGGGGCAAGGGCGCGGCCGUGCCACCCUGCCCCAGGGUGCCCACGUCCUUCCGCUGCCCCCACUGCACCAAGCGCCUCAAGAACAACAUCCGGUUCAUGAACCACAUGAAGCACCACGUGGAGCUGGACCAGCAGAACGGCGAGGUGGACGUGCACACCAUCUGCCAGCACUGCUACCGCCACUUCAGCACCCCCUUCCAGCUGCAGUGCCACCUGGAGAACGUGCACAGCCCCUACGAGUCCAGCACCAAGUGCAAGAUCUGCGAGUGGGCGUUCGAGAGCGAGCCGCUCUUCCUGCAGCACAUGAAGGACACCCACAAACCCGGGGAGAUGCCCUACGUCUGCCAGGUGUGCCAGUACCGCUCGUCGCUGUAUUCCGAGGUGGACAGCCACUUCCGGCUGAUCCACGAGGACACGCGGCACCUCCUGUGCCCCUACUGCCUCAAGGUGUUCAAGAACGGCAACGCCUUCCAGCAGCACUUCAUGAGGCACCAGAAGAAGAGCGUGUACCACUGCAACAAGUGCCGCCUGCAGUUCCUGUUUGCCAAGGACAAGAUCGAGCACAAGCUGCAGCACCACAAAACCUUCCGCAAGCCCAAGCAGCUCGAGGGGCUCAAACCCGGCACCAAGGUGACGAUCCGCGCGUCCCGGGGCCAGCCCCGCUCGCUGCCGCUGGAACCUUCCCACGGGAUGGGCCCGGACCCGGCUCCCCUGGGAUCCUCCUCCGACCCCCAGCCCCUGUUCCUGUGCCACCGCAACGCCCCCCGCAGAGCCGGCAAAAAAACGAGCGGCCUGGGCCGGCAGACGUGCCUGGAGUGCAGCUUCGAGAUCCCCGACUUCCCCAACCACUUCCCCACCUACGUGCACUGCUCCUUGUGCCGCUACAGCACCUGCUGCUCCCGCGCCUACGCCAACCACAUGAUCAACAACCACGUUCCCCGGAAAAGCCCCAAAUAUUUGGCUUUGUUCAAGAACUACACGGCCAGUGGGGUGAGGCUCUCGUGCUCCUCCUGCCUCUUCGUCACCUCCGAGGGCGACUCCAUGGCCAAGCAUUUGGUGUUCAACCCCUCCCACGAGUCCAGCAACAUCAUUGUCCAAGGGCCUUCUUGGAUAUCACAUUCCAGGCACACCCAGGACACGCCACAACCCCCCUGCCAAACCCCCUCCCCUCCUCCCCCUCCAAAACCCCAAACCCCACCCCAAAACCCCCAAAAACCCCCAACCCCCCCUCCCCCCGACGCAAACCCCACCCCGAACCCGCCGGAACCCGCCCAAAAAGACCCCGAGCCCACCAAAAAGGAGCAGCUUUCCGUCAAGAAGCUGCGCAUGGUCCUGUUCGCGCUCUGCUCCAGCACGGAGCAGGCGGCCCAGCAUUUCCGGAACCCUCCGCGCCGCAUCCGCCGCUGGCUCCGGCGCUUCCAGGCCUUCCACGACGACCGCCCCGAGCUGCCCGAGGGCAAAUACCUCAGCCUGGAGGCCGAGGAGAAACUGGCCGAGUGGGUCCUGACCCAGCGCGAGCAGCAGCUGCCCGUCAACGAGGAGACGCUUUUCCAGAAGGCCACCAAGAUCGGGCGGUCUCUGGAGGGAGGGUUCCAGAUCUCCUACGAGUGGGCCGUGAGGUUCAUGCUGCGGCACCACCUCAGCACCCACACGCGCCGCGGCGUCGCCCACCCGCUCCCCAAGGAGAUCCAGGGGAACGCCGGGGCCUUCAUCGAGUUCGUGCAGCGCCAGAUCCACACGCAGGAGCUGCCCCCGGCCAUGAUCGCCGCCGUGGAUGAGAUCUCGCUCUUCCUGGACGCCGAGGUGCUGGGCAGCGAGGAGCGGAAGGAGAGCGCGCUGCAGACCGUGGGCAACGGCGAGCCCUGGUGCGAGCUGGUGCUGACCGUGCUGGCCGACGGCAGCGUCCUCCCCGCUCUGCUCAUCUCCAGAGGUCACCUGCCCUGCCCGGCCGUCGUCCCCAAAUCCAUCCUGCUGGAAUCCAAGGAGAACGGCUGCGACGACGACGAGAUCAUGGAAUUGUGGGCGGCCAGAGUGUGGAGGAAACACACGGAAUGCCGAGGCGGCGGCGCUCCCAAAGGCAUGCUGGUGCUGGAUUGCCACCGGACGCACCUGUCCGAGGAGGUGCUGGCCGUGCUCAGCGCGGCCGGAGCGCUGCCGGCCGUCAUCCCCGCCGGAUGCAGCUCCCGGAUCCAGCCCCUGGACGUGUGCGUCAAGAGAUCCCUGAAAAGUUUCCUCCAUAAAAAAUGGAAAGAACGGGCGAAAGAUCUGGCGGGUUCCGACUCCUCCGCGCUGCUCCAGCUGCUGCUGGGGUGGCUGGGAGAAGCUUUGGAAAUCCUCGGGAAUUGCCCGGAAUUGAUCCGGAAAUCUUUCCUGGUGGCCAGCGUCCUGCCGGGGCCGGCCGGAGACUCGGGAUCGCCGCGGCGCAACGGCGACGAGCAGGAGGAGCUGAUCGCCGCCAUGGAGGAGAGGCUGAAAAUCGCCAAAACCAGGGAGUCGUCCCCGGAAUUCCCGGAGAACGACGACCCCGAGGCUGAUCCCGAAAUCCUGCACCGGCUCUUCGAGGGGGAGAGCGAGGCCGAGUCGUUCUACGGUUUCGAGGAGGCGGAUUUGGAGCUGAUGGAAAUUUGAGAAUUCCCAGAAAAGAAAAGAAGAGAAAAAAUUGGACGGAUUCAUCCCGGAAAUUCCUGAGUUGGGAGAGGCCAAGGAGCGUGGGGAAUGGAAGGGCUCUUCCCUGGUUUUGGGCCCGAAAAUUGAAGGAUGUUCCAAAUUUUUGGCCACAGAAAUGGAAGGAUGUUCCAGCAAUUUCUGGCCCCCAAAACUUGAAGGAUAUUCCCUGUUUUUCAGAGAUCCAAACACGUCCCAGAAAUUGAAGGCUAUUCCCAAUUUUCCGCCCCAAAGAUUAAUUUUGCCCGCCAAAAUUAAAGGAAAUUCCCUGGUUUUGGCCCCAAAAAUUAAAGGAUGUUCCCUGUCUUUAGAGAGCCAAUUAUUAAAAAGAAUAGAAAUUAUCCCAGAAAUGAAAGGAUAUUCCCAUUUUUUUAGCUCCAAAAAAAACCCAAGGAUAUUCCCAAUUUUUGGCCCCAAAAUCAAAGAAUAUUCCCAAAUGUUUUGUCCCAAAACGAAGGACAUUCCCAGUUUUUGGAACAAACAGAUGAGAUCCCAGUUCCCAGCGGAUUUCUGGGGUUUUUUUCCGGAUUUGCCGUUUCCGCCGAUUUUUUGGGAGGAUUUUCGUGGCUUUUUUUUUUUCUGUUUUUUUUAAAUCUUUAAAAAAAAAAAAACUGGAAAAAAAAAAAAAACAAACCCUUGGAUUCACUGUGUUGGUAUUUCCUUGGAAUUCUCUCUCGUGGGUGGAUAUUUUUUGGGAAUUUUCUUUACCUCACUUGUACAAUAAUUCCUGGUUUUUAGCAGUGGGAAUUUGACGUCGUUUGUGCCCAGUUUUUUUUUUUUUUUUUUCCCAAGAAGACAAAAAAUCCCCGGAUUUAACUCCCCAAAAAAUUUUGGGGAAUUUUUCUUUCUUUUUUCCUUGAUUUUUUUUUUUUUUUUUUUUUUUGGAAUUUAACCCAAAUUAAAGGAAAAUUCCUUUGGAUUGGUUGCGAAGAUUCUGUUAUUUUGGGGUUUUUUUUUUAAUGGAAAUCAGGAAUUUUGAUGGAAUUUUGGUGGAAUUUUAGGGAGUUUUGAGGGAAUUUGGCUUGGCAAUUGUGAAGCCACCAUUCCACGCCAGCAAUUUUUGGGAUUGGCGCUGCUUUUCCUGCCCCCGACCUCGAUUUUCCCAAUUUCUCCCCCAAAAAAUUCCCACUGGAGGGGCAGAAAACCCCAACUUUUCCUUGGAUUUCCCCUUUUUGGAUCAUUCAUGAUCGACUUUAUGAAGAAAAGAACCAUCCUGGAAAACCCCGCCUUGCUUAGGAUCGGAAAAUCCGGGAUUUGGGACUAAAACUGUGACGAAAAACCUAAAAAAAAUCCAUUGAAAAAUAAAGAUUUUGGGUUGAUUUUUCACUGCCAGCUCCGAUUUUUUACUGGAAUUUGCAUGUUUUUUGGGAAAAUGUAUUUGGUUUUGUUUUUUUUUUUAAUUUUAAAAAUUCUCGGAAUUCCCAAAUUCCAGAGGCACCCAGCACCUGUUUUUCCAUAAGAUUUGUGAAGGUGGGUUUUUUUUUUUUUGGGUUUUUUUUUCCCGAAGGAAAACGGGGAAAAAAAUUUUAAAAGAAUUCAAAAUAAAUAAAAUUUAAAAAGAAAAAAAAAAAAAUUAUGGAUCAGCUUGGAAUUGUACAGGAGUGAAAAACGUGGAAUAAAAGCAGGGAAAUGAA